AAUAAUUGGCACAGUUGUUUGUUCGGUGCCUGUGAAAGACGCGUGUGUGGUGAUUCUGGAUUGAAAUAACGAAAUUAUGGGGAAAUUCUGUGUUUUGCGCACGCAUAUUUGACAUAACAAAGUAACACGGAGGAAAAUGGGUCUGCUGCUGUCUAUUUUAGUGACUUGUGUAGGUGUCGUAGAGCUGCUGACAUUCUACCAGAAUGUGCGAAGACGGGUGAACUAUCAGCCAAUUGAAUCAAGUCUUGCCACUGUUCACCACUCGCACUUUAAGCAACUGGAAACCAUUAGGGAUAAGUUGGAAAACCAGUUGGUUGAGCUCAAUAAAAAUCCCCAAUCCGCCAAACUCCCCACGUUCAGGCUCAACAGUCACGAAGAUAUAGAAGUUGAAUUUAGUAAUCGGGUGGUAGCACGAUCUCGCUCCUCCUCGCCAAGGAGGUUUUUGGUGUCCGAAAAGAAGCACGAAGAUGCUGCCUCAACUCGUCAAUUCGUCGUCUUAGAGGAACCGCAAGGAAUUCAAAAAUCCAAAGCCCAAGAAUGCUUACCAGAGUAUCUCAUCGAAGAGGAGCCACGAGACGAUGUGCUUCGGUAUGUUCUGAAAGACGAAAAUGGACCAGUUCCUCUGCCAUUACCUGAGAAAUUUGUCGUCUCAGAACACAACGGUACUGCAGAGGUCAAAACCGAUGUGUUCAGGAAGAAACUGGGACAUACAGUUGUUGAAGUUGAUGGAGAGUUGUACUUCAGAAGAUCACCAUCUCCCUUCCCCAGCUUUGAUUUAACAGCUCCCAGAAACAGUGUCUGCAGUGAGCUGCUGGACGACUGCGCUGAAGUGGACGAGCCAUCCAGAUCUAACUCCGGAUCUCCAGUUAACGCCAAUUUGGCUUUUGAAGCAGCCAAUUGCUCAGAAAAAGUUAAUGUUCUUCUAGAUAGCAGCCGGGUAGCUCAUUGCUCGACUGAGUACUGGGAAGCGAAGGCUCUAAUUGUUCCUCCAAGGAAAUCGAAGUCUAGGUCUCCAUCUCCAGGCAUACGGAAGCUGAGCAAACAACCUGCCCACUUGGAACGGCGAAGAAUUUCCCUAUCAGAAUCCAGAGUGGUUAACUUGAGCGCUGACGGCCCAGCUGUCCAACGAGCAGCUUCUAGCUUAGAGCUCUCUAAAGAAGGCGAACGUUCCAGUGAUGAAGAUGAAGCGGAAGCUGAAGGGCGUUGCCCAGAAGACACCGGGAACAAUCUUGAGGAUGUUGAUACACAAAAAGGAUGCAUAAAGAAAAAGAGCGUGAAAAGAAAACGAAACAAGAACCGCCGAAAGUUAGAUUCAAUGCAACUAGAUGCCGCAACUGAAUUAUCAUCAACGAGAAACACGAACGAAGAUUCUGGUGGCCCCAAGUUGGGAGAACCGUUUUGGCUUAUUUUCAGUGGCGAGUACACGAAAGCCAACAACAAGGACUGGCAUGGACAACACUUUUGCUGCUGGCAAUGCGACGAAAGUCUAACAGGACAACGCUACGUUUUGCGGGAUGAUCAUCCAUACUGCGUAUCCUGCUACGAAUCUGUCUUUGCUAAUGCCUGCGAAAAGUGCAGCAGGACUAUUGGAAUCGACUCAAAGGAUCUCUCCUAUAAAGACAAGCAUUGGCAUGAAGCAUGCUUCUUGUGCACCACCUGUGCGCAAUCUUUGGUAGAUAAGCAAUUUGGCUCUAAAGGAGAUCGUAUCUACUGUGGACGUUGCUACGAUGAGCAGUUUGCGUCCAGGUGUGAUGGAUGCCACGAAAUCUUCAGGGCUGGUACGAAGAAAAUGGAAUACAAGACCAGACAAUGGCACGAGAAAUGCUUCUGCUGUUGUGUUUGCAAGGUGCCAAUCGGCACCCAGAGCUUCAUACCAAGGGAACAGGAAAUCUACUGCGCUAAAUGUUACGAAGAUAAAUACGCCACAAGGUGUAUCAAGUGUAACAAGGUUAUUACUAGUGGAGGAGUAACUUACAAAAACGAGCCGUGGCAUCGUGAGUGUUUCACUUGUACGCAUUGCCAGAAGAGUUUGGCAGGAGAACGUUUUACCAGCCGGGAUGAGAAGCCGUACUGUGCCGACUGUUUUGGUGAACUUUUCGCCAAACGGUGCUUCGCCUGCAACAGGCCCAUUACUGGAAUUGGAGGAACCAAAUUCAUUUCCUUCGAAGACCGUCACUGGCAUAACGAUUGCUUCUUCUGUGCUACCUGUCGUACGAGCUUAGUAGGACGUGGUUUCAUCACCGAUCAGGAGGACAUCAUUUGUCCCGAGUGCGCCAAACAGAAGCUGAUCUAAUUUAAAAAACAACACCAUACAUAAUCUGGCAUUUUUGUGAAUGGUUUUCUUAUCUGCUUUUUCCAUUUACUUGGUGAAAGUAUACGACUAAAGCUUCGAUUCUAUAAAAAUGCCUUUUAGCUGUGUAAUUUUUAGACUCUUAAACCAUCCACAUGACACAACAUGACAACACGCACACAUUUAACACACAUAAAACACACUUAAACACACUUGAAAAAGAAACGAGAAAAAUACAAAAAAAUAUAUGUUGAAUAAAUUUACUUUGGCUUGGGCAAGUGCCAUUUUCAGUAUAAAACUGAAUUAGCUUCAGAACGCGAUAUUUACCUAAAACAGAGCGAUUACCAGUUACGCGAAAGUAGGUUUAUUUGCAUAAAAUUAACCUUAAUUAUUGUUAAUUUUUACUUAACUAUUUGUUUUUUCUAAAGAAGUUUUGUUUAAUAUUAAUUAGGCUUUUUAUAGCAAAACUUUAGCGUAAUAUAAAUUAAAACAUAUCGCUUCAAUUGCUUAUUUAGAGAAACUAUUACAUACACUAAGUAUAUUAUAUUAGACUAGUUUUUUGUUGGACACCGCUGAACUAAGUAUACAUAUUAGAAUACCUACUUCCUAAUUCUAAUUUUAUUAAUAAUUUAGGUAAAUAGAAUUAAUUAUACUGAAAAAACCACGUGAUAGAAGUCAUUUUAAAUUGUAAAACUAUUAGGAAUUGAUGACUAAAAACGACAAGGCCUUUCCAUUACAAUAAUGUAGCGUUUUAACUGAAAUUUACACACUGGGAGUUUACUCAGUUAAAUUGUUAUCACUGCGAUUAAAACGUGGAGACUUAUCAAGUUGAAAACGAUUUAACGGAAAAUUUCGAUGAUUUUUUUUCUGUUUUAGACAUAAUUAUUACUGUUUAAUUUAACAAGAUUAGCUGUAUUUAUGUUCUCAUCGACUUGUGUUGUAGAUAUAGACAGUGUAUAGAGCUUGAGCAUUUAUAAAGAUGAUAAUGGGCGAUUUGGUGCUACUUAGUGUAAAGUUGAUUUUAUAAAUAUGUGCGUUAUUAAUUCUAUAAAUAUUGUUAUGAUUAACAAGUUUUUUAAGGUCAUUAAUAUCCUGGAAUGUUGUAUAUCAAUUGUAAGCUUUUACAAAUGUUAAAUUAAAGGGCUUUGCUUGUAGGGACUUUGUUAUUACAUUUUAUUCCUCAAUAAACUUAAUUGGAAGAUUCA